AGCUCCUAGUGUAAACUAGUUGUGUUUAGCUGCUGGUGUUAGCUAUAUAAUACGCGCGCUAACAUUAGCAGCUCGCGAUUUUUUUUUACAGUUUAUUACAAUAACUGUUUGCUGCUACCGUUAGCUACUCGCGGUUAGCUGCUAACUUAGCAAUAUAAUGGGCGAGCUAACAUUAGCGCUAACGUUAGCGAUCGCUAGCUGCUAACAUUAGCAGCUAGCGAUCUUUUUAAGACAAUUAUAUAAGACAAAUUAUAUAAGGCACAAAGUCUAAUAGUCUAGAAAUGUAUAAAUAUAAAUGAAAUGAUACAUUUUUGUCUACUUUUAUAAAAAAUACCCAUCUUUACAUGCUACUAUAAUGAAAUUAAACUGUAUAUCAACUCCCUAAAAUUGAAAAUGAAAUCCAAAAGUGCUAGAGCUUUAUAAAUUAACUCUUUAACUAAUUAAGUGACCUCUUUUUUAUCUUUGCUUAAAUAAGGUAAUUAUUUUCAUUAUUAAUUAAAAUUAAACAUGGGAAAAGUGACCUGAAAUGACAUCUGUUGAAGUUUUUUGAUAAAUGAAAUUAACUUGACAUUCAUUAGGGGCAAAUAAUGAUGUUAUUGAUCUACUUUAAGCAAAGCUAUUUCAUUUUGACACACAAACAAACACACAAUCUCACACACCUAUAGCCUGAUAAAGAGAGAAGAGGACAACAUGCCAUAAACCUAGAGGAAACUCUACUGUUUGUUUUCAAAAAUUGUUUUAUGUAUAUCAGCAGUUAGCAAUCUAGGCAACUCAUGACAAUAUAAACUGAACUCAUUGAACAAAUCUCUUAUAUCGUAUGUGUAGUAAUAAUUAAAAAUAUUUUCACAGAGCCAUUAUGUCCAAAAGGAGGAGAAGGAUAAAGCCUGUAGAUGAUGCAAAGACAUAUAUUCUGUCUUGCACUGACAAGUCUGGAUUUAUGUCAAGACUCAUAGACAGUUUCAAAGGAAGAGGAGUGUUUGCUACGCAGCCCAUUGAACCAGGGGACUUUGUUUUGGAGUACAGGGGUAAACUCCUCACACAGGAAGAAUGCCAGUCACUAACGUACUCAGAGAUUGACUCCACAUUUCUCUUUGAUUUUGAGUGGCAGAACCGUCACUUGUGCCUUGAUGCAUCUAAAGAAGAUGGAUCUCUUGGAAGAUUAGUCAAUGACAACCACAAAAAUCCAAAUUGUGUCAUGAGAAAAAUCAUAGUAAACAACAAGCCGCACUUGUGCCUUUUUGCCCUGAAGAAAAUAGAGAUAGGAUCUGAAAUUGACUACAGCUAUGGUGAUGCAAAAUGGCCUUGGCGCAGUAUGGUGAAGACUCCUGCAGCAGCAGAGACAGAGACCAGCCCUCUACCUCAGAUGUUCCACAUGGAAUCAAAGCCAGAUGAGACUAACGUACAGGUGAAAGACCCUCAGACUCCUGCAGCAGCAGAGACAGAGACCAGCCCUCUACCUCAGAUGUUCCACAUGGAAUCAAAGCCAGAUGAGACUAACGCACAGAUGGACAGUGGACCAGAGGUUUCUCGUCAUUUGUGCGAUUCAGAUGAAACUGUUCUGAAAGAAGCCUGUGAUGAGGCUUCUCCAAACAACCAUUCCAGAGAGCAAUCAGAUGAUGAACUUGUUCCACCUCUGAGACGCACAAAAAGCAUUAUGAUGGAUCGACUACAAGAUUUUGCUGGCUGUCUCUACGAUUCAAGUGAUGACAGCACAGAGGGCACUUUGAUUUCUAAGCCUGAAAGGGAUUCACAGAGGCUGAGAAGAUGCUCUCGCCAUCCUAUUCAGGUGCCUCUUGUGGAAUCAGAUAACUCUAACAUUGGCAGUGAAGAUGAGUACAUUCCAUGUCCCAAGGACGAAAGCACAGAAAGUGAUAGCAGUUUGGAAUUAACCCUGGAAGAUAAAAAAAGGAACAAAGGUGCAUCUAGUGAGAGCAGAAGAAAGUCUUCCAGUCGGAGCAAGUUUAUGCCCAGGGAGAGUGGAAGUGAGUCCUCCAAGCAGAAAAGAAGCAGGUCUUCCAGUCGGAGUCAGCUUGAUUUUAGCCAGAAGAGACCCUUUAAAACAGGUCAUGACCCCACACAAAUAUUUCCGAAUAGCAGAGUUGAUGGUAAUGAAAAGAAAAUAGUUGCAACAUAUUCUAAAAAGGAUGUGAGUGUUUCAAUGCCCCUGGAAGAAGAGCAGUCUAUGUAUGUCAAUCCAGUAUUAAAGAAGAUGGAUGGGUCUAGAAGCUACAACAAAAAACAUUUCUGCUUUUAUUGCAGAAAGUUUGUCCAGAAAAUGUCAAGGCACUUGUGGCGUAAACACCAAGAUGAAACAGAUGUUGCAAAAGCAUUCAGUUUGCCAAAGAACUCAAAAGAAAGGAAACUGCAGUUGGACUAUAUACGAAAUAAGGGGAACUUUGAGCACAAUAGUGAGGUUUUGGAGACACAGAAAGGCAAACUCAUCCCAUGGAAGCAACCACAGAAAAAAUCUGAAGGACAGGAAUUUGCACAUUGUAUUCACUGCUAUGGUUUGUUCUCAAGAAGAGCAAUGUGGCGGCAUUUUCAGGUUUGCAACUUCAAACCUGAGAGUAGUAAACCUGGUAAAACUCGUGUUCUAUCUUUGUGUGCUUUCGCUGAACCUGCUCCACCUGGAUUUAAUGAUGCUUAUUGGAAGUUCUUAAGUGUUAUGAAUCAAGACAGGAUUGCAGUUGCUAUUAAAGAAGACCGCUGUAUUCUUGAAUAUGGUUACAGACUGUUCAGGAAGAACGAGAAGGUGGUCAGUCAACACCAGUAUAUUCGGCAAAAACUGAGAGAGCUUGGCAGGCUGUUAUUGAAAGCAAGACAAGUUACACAUGUGAAGACCAUCCAAGAACUCAUAAAACCUGAACACUACAGUCAGGUGGUCACUGCUGCAAAGAGCCUAUCUGGAUUCAGUGAGCAAACUGGCAAAUACCAAUGUCCGUCUCUUGCUCGCAAGGUUGGACACAGCUUGUAUUCUUUGGCCAUGUUUAUCAAGUCCGAAGGCCUGAAAAAGAAAGAUAAACAAGCUACUCAAGAUGCUGAGGAGUUUGCGCUGCUUUAUCAAGAAAGUUGGAGAUUUGACAUUGCAAGCCAAGCAUUAACUCAACUUGACCAGACCAAAUGGAAUGCUCCUCUACUGUUACCUUUCACACAAGAUAUUCAAAAGUUUCAUUGUCAUCUAGCUGAGAAACAGCAGCAACAUUUGAAUGAUCUGCAAAAACACUCAUCACCAUCAAACUGGAAGGAGCUUGCAAAAGUUACCCUCACACAAGUUGUACUGUUUAACCGGCGGAGAGGAGGGGAAGUGUCCAGGAUGCUUCUGUCUGCGUAUCUAUCAAAGGACACAUCAGACACACAUGGUGAUGUUAGCUUGGCCCUUACACCGCUUGAACAGAAGCUGUGCAAGCAUUUUGUAAGGAUUACAAUUGUAGGAAAGAGAGGAAGAAAGGUUCCAGUUCUUUUAACCCCAAUCAUGAGAGAGUCACUUGAUGCUCUGACUGAGAAGAGAGAAGAAUGUGGAGUGCUGUCUGAAAAUGGAUAUCUGUUUGCAUUACCUCACUCUGUCCAUUACAUAAGGGCUUGUGACUGCAUAAGGCAGUUUGUGAACGAAUGUGAUCACCUUGAAAAUCCUAAAGCAUUAACAUCAACAAGACUAAGGAAACAUAUCGCCACCCUCUCUACUGUAUUGAACCUUAAGACCACAGAACUCGAUCAGUUGGCAGACUUCCUUGGCCAUAAUAUUGCUGUCCACCGAAAGCACUACCGCCUUCCGGAGGGCACCCUCCAGUUGGCCAAAAUCAGCAAAGUGCUUCUGGCAAUGGAACAGGGACGCCUAGGAGAAUACAAAGGAAAGAGCCUGGAUGAAAUUCAAGUUGACGUGAAUGAGACCAUCGGCAUAGAGGGGCCUUUAGAAGAGGACAUUGAAGGAGAACAGGGGUCAGAAGAUGAGAGUAUGUCAUCCCUGAACAUCUGUACCUCAACAUCACAAGUCCAAAACCAGAGAGUGUCUCCAACAGAUGUCAGUAUGCCAGGACAACAGGGGUCAGAAGAUGAGGUCAGCACAUCAUCCCUGCAAGAAUGUACCUCCACAUCACAAGUCCAAAACCAGAGUGUGUCUGCAAGAAAGAGAGGUAAGCAAGCUCCUGUGAGACGUUGGACACCAGAGGAAAUUGCUGCAGUAGAAAAACACCUGAAGAAGUUCAUUGUGAGGCAAGAUGUUCCAGGUAAAGCGGACUGUGAGCGCUGCAUUGCUUCAGAACCGCAAGCACUACAAAAAAGAGACUGGAAAGCAGUCAAAUAUUUCAUCAAAAAUAGAAUAACUACCAUGAGAAGAAAAUUCUAAUGGAAGCAGUUCAACGAUCAGAGGUAUGGACACACAUUUUCAGUUUGGGUCCUAUACUUUGUUUAAAUGUUUUGAAAUGUACUGUAGUUUAAAGUAGCUGCUGUGGUUUUAGCAGUCAACAACACAUUAAACAAGUACAUGUUUGGCAAAGUCAAAUGUUUGUUUAU